AUGGAUUUUGUUCUGCAUAAGGGUGAUAAACACUGGGACAACCAUAGAAGCCUUGACCAGAACAUGAAGGAUCUAAAAAGAAAAUUGGAGGAUUUAAAUGCCUUUAAGGAAGACACUGAAUCAAAAAUGAAGGCAGAACUGCAACCUAGGAAGAAACUCAAGAAAGAAGUUCAUCUAUGGCUGGGAAAUGUUGAAAGAAUAAAUGAUGAGAUACAAAAUCUUGAACAAGAAGUUGAGGAAAGCACAGCUAUCUUACGUGGAUUUCACACGAAAAAUGUUUUAAAAAAGAAACAAGGAAUUGAGGAGCUUCUUCAACAGGGUAAGUUUGAUCAAGGUUUGGUAGUCGAUGACCUUACGUGGAUUGGACAAGCUUUGUCAACAACAAAUUUAGUUGGGAAAGCUGCAGAGAACUGUAUGGAAGAAAUUUGGACAUGCUUGAUGGAUGAUGAUAUUGGAAAGAUUGGUGUUUGGGGAAUGGGAGGAUUGGGUAAAACGACAAUCAUGAAGAUCCUCAACAACCAACUUUUAAAAAAGAUUAAAAAGUUCAACAUUGUUAUAUGGAUCACCGUAUCAAAGGAGAUGAACAUCUCCAAAAUUCAAAAUAGCAUCUUGCUUCAAAUGGGAGUAGUUCUUCCUGAAAAUGAGGAUGAAACAAUAAGGGCAGGAAUGUUAUAUGAAAUGUUGACUCGAAGGGGCAGGUAUGUGUUAAUUUUAGAUGAUUUAUGGGACAAACUUUCUCUUGAAGAAGUAGGAAUCCCCGAGCCUUCUAACGGGAGUAAGUUAGUGGUAACAACUCGGAUGUUGGAUGUGUGUCGUUAUUUGGAAUGUCGAGAAGUUAAAAUGCCUACUCUUCCAGAACACGAUGCAUGGAGUUUGUUCUUGAAGAAAGUAGGUGGAGAUGUUUUGAAAAAUGAAAGUCUACUACCAAUUGCGAAAUCUAUUGUUGCGCAAUGUGCUGGUUUGCCGUUAGCUAUUGUUACUGUAGCUAGCAGUAUGAAGGGCAUAACAAAUGUUCAUGAAUGGAGGAAUGCACUAAAUGAAUUAACUAGAUCUGUAAGAGGUGUGACUGGGUUAGAUGAAAAGGUACUUCGGCAACUUCAAUUUAGCUAUGAUCAUUUAGAAUGUGAAAGAGUCCAGCAUUGCUUCCUCUGUUGUGCAUUAUAUCCUGAAGAUUAUAAUAUCUCUGAAUUUAAUCUAAUAGAACUUUGGAUUGCUGAGGGGCUUGUAGAAGAAAUGAAUAGCCAACAAGCAGAGUUUGAUCAGGGGUACACCAUAUUAAAUAAACUCAAAAAUAAUUGCUUGUUAGAACAUGAUGAAUUUACCGAAUGUGUGAAGUUGCAUGACCUCAUGAGAGACAUGGCGCUACGCAUCACGAGAACACGAUUCUUGGUAAGAGCCGGUCUGCAAUUGAAAGAGAUACCACAUGGGCAAGAAUGGACAGAAGAUUUAGAAAAGGUUUCCUUGAUGAAAAAUGCAAACUUACGAAUUCCAUUACAAAUGUCACCGCCAAUAUGCCAGAUGCUCACAACUUUAUUAUUGUCCGAUUGCUUAAUAGUGAGUAUUCCAGAUUGUUUCUUUGAGCACAUGAAGGGACUCAAAGUUCUUAACCUUUCUGAAAAUAAUUUUACAAUUUUACCAAGUUCCAUCUCUAACUUGGAAGCUCUCACUGUAUUAUUGCUAAGAGCAUGCAAUUAUUUAGAAAAGGUGCCAUCUUUCUCAAAACUUGAAACUUUAAAGAAGUUGGAUCUUGAAGACACGGGAAUCAUUAAUCUCCCGCAUGGGAUGGAAAGGUUGGUAAAUCUCAAUUUUCUUCAUCUGUCGGUGGAAGAAGUCCCUAGUGGAAUAUUAUCAAAAUUCUCAUGCCUGCGAGACUUAGGGCUAAGUUCUGCAUUUGUCAGAGGAGAAGAGAUAGGUGAGUUAAAGAAGCUGGAGUUCUUUGAAGGGAGGUUUUAUGACUUGAAUGAAUUGAAUACUUUUGUGCAAGCUUUGCAGAGUCGAGGACAACAGCUUUUUCGAUACAACGUGGGUGUGGGUGAUAAAAAUUUCUAUGGUUUCUGCGAAUGGGAUAAAUACAUUGAAUUAUCUUCUUCCCAUCCAAUCUGUAGAAAUGGUGUCAAGUUCCCAUCCGAUCUUCAGCAAUUGACAAUUAACAAUGGCAUUGUUGAUUUCCUAGAAGAAGAGGUGUUUUUUCCAUGGUUUAUCCAAAUGCCAAAUGGCAUGUUUUCUUUUCUUGAAGUAAUUGAUAUAGAUGAAUGUGAAAACAUAAAAAAGCUGUUCACGUGUAGUUGGGUGCAAAGUAACCUCCCAAAUUUGGAAGUGUUAUCUGUUCAGGGAUGUCACCAAAUGGAGGAAAUAAUAGCAUCAGAAAUGGAAUUCGUUGAAGAAGAAAGAAUGGGUGGUAGCAACAGUAAUACCAUCCCAUUGACUCUUCCCAAAUUAAGGAUAUUGAACUUGGAGUUUUUACCUGAACUGAAAAGUAUUUGUGGUGCAAAUAGAGUAAUGGUGUGUGAUUCUAUUGAAAAGAUUAGAAUCUAUAAUUGUUCAAAAUUACAGAGGAUUCCUCUGUAUCUUCCACUGCUUGAUGAUGGCCAACCAUCUCCUCCUCCCUCUUUAGAGAAAAUCUUUAUAUUUCCAGAGAAGAAGUUGAGAUCGCUGGAGUGGGAUCAUCCCAAUGCUAAGUCUGUACUGGAGCCAUUUUUGAAGUCCUACAAACGCUGA